ACUGAGGUUUAUAUACAAUCUGAGUGAGUGCAGGCAAUGACCUCCUGCUAGGAACAGAAUGAAGGUUGCACUCUGCCUUUUUGCAGCCCUUCUGGUGAAGCUGGCAUGUACCCAGGAAUCCACAAACACAACUGCCCCCCAAGGAGAUAAAGCUGGCGUUUGCCCGGACACAAAUCUGUCUCUUGGAAUAUGUGGCAAAGAAUGUAAAACAGACACAGACUGUGACAGUAAUCUCAAAUGCUGCAAGACGGGAUGCGAUGGUCUCCAGUGUCUAGAGCCAGAUGAGAAACCAGGAAGUUGUCCCAAACCUUCAAAUCAGACGUCCUGUGAAACAACUGCUGACUGCAAAUCUGACAGCAAAUGCGAAGGACACUUAAAAUGCUGCCCUACAGGCUGUGGAGGUUAUGCCUGCCAUCUCCCAAUAGAGCUGAAGGAAAUAAGUGCAACCUAAGCACAGACUGACGGUAAAGAACCAAGUCACCUGAUUGCUACUAGAUGAUCAGCGGCUCACCCCUUCAGGAUAACCAGCUUUAUUGUACAGUUAAUGAAUAAAAAAAAUAAACUUCCUGUUAUAUUUUUUAAUCCAUU